AUGUCGAAUGAUUCGCCAGCUCCGCCUUGGACGAUUCAAGUUUUCAACCAAGACGACACAGUAAGACUUGAUUUGCGACUAGAAGAAGACUUCAUGUCUCGUAAUAAAACCCAGCCAAGAUGUGCGGAUAGAAACCAAAAAAAUUGUGUUUACAAGAUAGAAUCUAUUGCGUGUCUUUCAAAGGACGCAGAGGACAAGCGAGUUACCAUAUAUGAUGUUGUUGCCUCAGCGGAUAUAAUAUGCAUUGCAUUAUCAACUGUGAUCUACGUGUUUAAUGUGGCAGGGAAGGAAAACACUAUCUUCAUUGCUCUUGAGCAUACGCCUCAAUGCAUAACUUUGAGUCACGAUUCAAAAUUCCUGGCAGUAGUAGACAUUAUGUGCGACGUUACUAUCUAUCAUGUCCAAACACAGAAAAUUUUAGUCGGCCCAUAUGCUGUCGUAGACAAGAAUAACAGCUGUCUAUGCAAGGCCGUACAGUUCACAAAUGCCACAAGCAAUUCUUCUCGCGAAGAUUUAGUAAUCAUAUGGAGUGAUAUGAAGAUGAGUGUAUUAUCUAAUAUAGAUACAAGUAGGACACAAGAAAAAGAUUGGAAUAACAAUAUACCUUAUCAAACGCCAGUUGUUGUUAAUAUUGGAUUGCGCGACCAUGGGCUAGAUGGAGAUCUUUUGGCUAGUGAUGUAACGUUAUGGAAUAAUAAGAACAGCCAAAAUAUGACAAUAGCAACUCAAGAUAAAGACGGGAAAAGUUCGGCAAUAUCGGUCUGGCAUUGCGAAUCAUUGUCUGCGACAUCUUCGCCAAGCGUGAAUCUGACAGACGUCGUCGCAGGGAUGUUUGAAUCCAUUUCAAUUACAAAAGUUUGUCUCACACACGAUAACAGAGUACUUGUUACUCUUGACUCACAAGGCAGUAUUUAUAUAUGGGAUAUGCGAAGUUUAAUUCUACUUGAUUACUAUCCCAAUGUCAAUAUCUUUGAUUUUAUCUUGAUGUCAUCACCCGCAAAAACUUCGGAUGCUAUUUACAUUCUGGCCUUGUCUAAUACUAAUGAAAGUGCUGCAUCACGAUCAAUACAAGUAAUCAAACUGCCAGGAUUUGUAAUCAUAAAUAGUGUUAAAGUUUCAAUCGAUUGUUGGCUAGUUCGGCCCGAAAACAAGAAUAGCAUAGACGCCGUCUAUUUUAUCGAAAGACGGCAAACUGGUCUUGUAGCCCAAGCUGUCUCAGAAACCAUUCCGCUAAAGCGAUUUGAACAAUUAAUAAGCAAACGAAAAUAUGCCGAUGCUAUUCGAUUUGCUAAACAGUUUGAUUUGGACGUAGAGGUCGUUCUCAAGGCAAAAUUUAGUAACAUGCUUACUAACACGUCCGAAGACCUGUUCGAAGUGUAUUAUGACACAACGAACGAUCUCGCCGAAUCAUUAAUAAAAGAUUUAUCCCAAAUAAAAGACGAUACAUUCCGUAUCAACUUCUGCCUCCAAGCAAUCCUUCCAACACAGUCGUCUACAUACAAGCUACUGUGCUACGCUCGCUUACUCAUUCAGUCUUCACCAUCAAGUAACUGCAUUCAUACGACAGUGGUCCAUCAAGCCAUACAACGACUCGGGACUUGGCAAAUGUUAAAUGAUCACUGCGAAAGUCUUUCUGGUGAGAAUGCUUGUUUUAAUGGCAAGGAAUGGCAGAAGUUCCGCGUGUGUGAUCUAGGCUUGGAGAUGAGACGAUUAAUUGGUAUGGGGAACAUUAAACUUGCAAGUGUUGUAUGGCGGAGGCAUUGUAUUGAUGAAGAUUUAGUGAGCGUGAUCGAAGAUAUCCUGAAUGAAAUGCCAGAAAAUAUUAGUAUUGGAGAGUUUGUUCCGUGGUUACGAGAUGAUUUAUUGCCACGAAUACAGAAUUCCGAAAAGAGAGUCAAAGUGAUUUCGUGGGUUGAACAUCGGGCUCGUAUGAUUGAGCUUCGAGAGCAAGAUCCUCAUAAUGCAUUGGAAAUUAUGAGACUAAUUGAUGCUGGCGGUACGGAUGACGUGCAUUUUAAAAACACUUCAAGGACGUUCGCGUCAACAACGCCAGCUUGUUAUGUGGAUUCUAUUGUCAAUCUUCCACAAUUUGCACCGCAGAGAGGUGGGAUCGAGAGUGCGAAUGCGAAAUUAAGACAACAGUUGGAAGAUCUGGUUUAUCUAUGGGAUACACAUAAUUUCAGGCUAUCGUUAAAGGAAUACUGCCAUGAGACACCAAACUCUAUUGCCAUUGCAUUGCUGGAUUGCGUCGCUGCAUCUGAGCUCUUACAAGAUGCCGUAGCUCGUCAUUUCAUACCGUAUGUGGAAAAAUGUGGAUUACCGUACGAUGAUCUACUAGUAGACUAUUGUUUGGACUACAUGGAUGGUGCAGCUGGAUCGGGCACGGCUACACUAUCUAAUGCAUUGCUUGAAAAUUCGUCUUUGGUAGCAUUAUGGGAAUCGCGGAUUCUGAUUCUUGUCGAUUGUAUCCGUAACGUUGAUUCCCGCGUCGAUGUUCUUAUCGAGUUUAUGCGUCGAACUGCUGUACCGUGGAGCGAUGGGUUAGAGGCGCUCAUUAAAAAAUGUUCGACUGAACAGAAUCUCCGUCGUAGAGAAGAAUUUCAGGAGCAAUAUCGGUUGCUGCAAAUGAGGAAGAUGUUACUACGUUAUGGAAUAAAAAAUUUCAACAUAUCAGAUAGUACGAUGGUGAAAGGAUUGCUAUCUUAUGUUCUGGAACGUACAGAUGUUGACUCUGUAUUAGAAGACUCGCUGAUGAUCGUAGAUACAUAUCCGCACUUGAGCAAGCUAGAAGUAUAUGUUCUCAGAAUGCAAACGCUCUGUAUGACGGGGAAUGUUGAAAAAGUAAAGGACUUGCUGGAAAAACUUACAGAGAUUGAAUCAACUGAGCAUAAGGACGAGCUGUCCAAUGUAAUCUAUUGUGUCUGUCAGCAGGUUUUGGCUUGGUUAGUCGAGAUAAUUAAUGACGUUGCAAUAGCUACAGAUGAAGAACUUGGAGUGAAAUAUUCCUGGGCAAUCAAUACUGCAAUUGAGAUUACGCACUACAUUCUCAAUAAUACAGAAAACCAACAAUCAUGUACACAAUUAUAUCUGGCUACUCCAGAGCUUCUAAAAGAAUUAUCCAGUUUGAAAACAUUGUACCAGAAGUUUGAUAUUAUUAUAUCACUUGACGAAUAUCGAGAUGAAAACGUCAAGAGAGACACAGUAAGAAGAUUUGUUGAAGGUCGUGAGGAUGCAAAGAUGGAUGAAAAUACUAUGAAUAUUGAUUCUGAAUCAAAGUUUCGUAAUACUCUAAGGUUGCACGCUACUGUUUACGCGCUAACCGACGUGUUGGGCAUGGACCGCGUUGAACCGAAAGGUCUUAUGGCUGAAGAAGCAAUCUUGCGAGGCGACUUUCAAACUGCAUUUACGCUUUGCAAAGAAUUAUGUGAAAAAUCUCCUGGUCCUUGUACCGCACAGGUCUUGAUCAAAAUUGCAUUACUGAUUUCGAAGUAUAUAUCUCAGCAGCCUGAAGAAGUAUAUAGAGUCGACAAUGAUAAUAAGCGUUUGACGACAAAGAUUUUACAGCUCUGUCAAAACGCGGUUAUAAUGUGCAAGGAUACAGAUAUUUCUGAAUAUCUCGACGUGUUCAAAAAAUGUGAAUUGCAAGACGCGUUAUUUGCUCAGAGUGAACUCGGAGAUUAUAGAUCUGCCCUCAACAAAGGAGAGUCUUUCAGCAUGACGAUAAUGAAUUCAGCAGGUUCCUCAACGCGCGCUCAAGAACUUACUAUAUCCGAUGAAGAAUUUGGAGAUAUGGCAAUAGAUGAUAUUGAUACUUAUGCAAAGUCGCUGUUUGAGGAUCAUUAUCAUGAAGUAGGUCUUGUUUUGAGGAGUCAAGAGUGUAUGAAACUUGCCACUUCCUUCACAAUUGAGUGUUAUAAUCACAAACAGGCUCAGUACAUUGACACAAAUAAUAAGCCCUCUAAAAUGGCCUCGAAACAGUCAGCAAACGAUGGAAAUUCAUUGACAUCAACUGCACUGCGAUUGAUGGAAUAUCUUCGUCAGAAUAGCAGUUUACAAAUCGCCCUUUACUUGUACCAGCUGUUUAAAGAACAAAUACUACAUGUGAAUCCAGAUAACUGGCAGAAUACUGAAGCAGAAGAAUUUGAUACCCAGAUGCAUUGGGAACUGUUGGAAGCGUGUGUUCAAAAGGUUUUAACGUCAAGACGUAUUGAUCAUUGGCUUGGUCUUGGAUAUAUGGUCUCUUUACCAAUGGAUAAAGCGUAUGAUACGUUUCGGGAUGGUCUGGCGACAGUAGGUUCAGAUUACAAUCGCCUCAUAAAACUAGCUGGUGUUGGAAUGGGAUGUGCCACAUUAUGGAGGCAGCGAACUCUAUUCAAUGAUUGCAAACAGCUUGGGGCUAAUGGCCGAUGGUGGCACCAGUUGCGACUUCUUGAGAUUCCUUUUGAUGAUGGGCAAUUCAGACAAUCGAAAGACGGAGACUACCAGCGCAAAUUAAUACCGGCUCUCCUAAAGAAGACAAAUUUUGAUAUUAUUACUGUGUUGGAGUUUGCGCGGGAAUAUAACAUUGAAGACGACUAUGCUCUCCUUCAUUGUGUCAAGAUGCUUCUAUUUUCAGAAGUAGACAAUUACCAGAAUCGUAUUGCAGGCAUCAUUGAUGAUAUUAUCGGCAAAGACAAAUUGUCUACCAUGUUAAUGGAUACUUGUUUGACGCGCAUAUCGCCUUAUGAUUACGAAAGGAUUCAUUUUCUGUUAAAACAAGUAACAAUGCUGCAACUGAAUAAUGAAAAUGCGAUUAGAAGUUUUGAAAUUAUCGAAACGUUGAUGAACUACUCGCGCAAUCGCCCUCCAUCACUCGAAGAACUUGCAGAAGCGAAGAAAGUUGUAAAGGGUGUCGAAGUACCUGUCGGUGUAGAGGAAAUCGACGUUGUUCGACAGAAAUUUCCGGGAUGCCUUCAUCGCUUACCGUUUCACCAGAUCCGCAGUGAUCCAUGGACGGUGUUAAAGCAGGAACUUACGGAAGAGUCGAUAUCUAAGCUAUGGCCAUUAACGUCUUUAUUAGGGAUUCGUGCGGACAAAUUUCUCGGUGCAGCUAUCGAAAAUUUGAUCGCUCGGCUGACUGCAGACAAGCAAAACCAGGGAGGCGAUUUCAGGACUACUAUAAAAUUCAAUGACUUCAAAGGAUUGGUCCAGAAGAUGCAGGAUAAUGAAGUGGCCCUUACUUAUCUUAAGUAUAUUGCUGAUACUUUCCCGUGUGGUCCAGAUAGAAUUCAGGCCUUGCAGACGGGAGUUUACCGGGGAGAAUAUUGGUAUCAGAGUCUCGUAGCGAAGAAGGACGAGGGAAAAGAGGCGCUCGAACGCGUGUCUAUUGGUCUUUCGAAGUUGAAAACUUCUUUGAUGACAACGGAGACAGAGUACCAGUUGAGAUCUGCGGGACUGAAAGAAUUUUUGGAUUUCACCAAUCGACCCACAGAGUGUAUCUUUCAAUUAUAUUUCCGGAUGGGCGAAGAAGCGCUUCGAAGUAGAGACUCAAUCGAUAUACACUCAAUUGCAAAGGAGAUUGCAAUGAGGAAUAAGUUGGAUAUAAACAAAAUACGCGAAUAUCUCUUUACGACCUGGAUUGGUCAGGAACAAGAUUUGGAACCUGAUAUAAAAGAAAUCACACUACCAUCUAUGAGAAUGCAGGCGAAUCAUGGAUUAUAUGCUAAAGCAGAGACAUCAAUUCAGAAGAAACUCCUGUAUUUACUUAGUUGCGAUGAUAUCGAGACAAACGUGAAUAAACUAUUGAAAUAUGCAUAUCAGCAACGGGCAUCUCCAAAAGUGACGACUCUGAGUAGAAUAAGAGCUUUAUCCAUUCUCUUCCAAAUUGCUGGUGCAGACGAGAUAUCGCGUAUUCAUGAUUAUCAGGAUGCAAAACAACACAUGCAGAUGUUGUUAUAUCUUAUUGAUUUUGAAGAGUUGCGCAUAUCACAAACGCCAAAGGAAUUCAUGAACAGUAAUAAAGAAGCACUUGCGCGGUCACUUUGGGUUAAGUAUAGUAAUGAACCGAAGGUGGUUCAAUUGAUAUGUAACAUAUGUCUCGACUAUAAAGUCUACGAUCUAACUUUGUGGGAAAACUCUUUGAAACAAUUAUCCAAAUACGGGAAGCAUGAAUAUUUGAUGGGAAUACUUGAACGCACUAACACGAUACCAGAGUUGGCUCUACGAUUCGACUCGACUCAACUUGAUUGUAAAGUCUCCACCUUCUAG